CAUUUUGCUUUAAAGGAAAUCAUGGACACGUACGAGAGCAUAUUAUUGGUAAAAAACGAAGUGUUUGUUUUCAAAAUACCACCGAGAACCACCAACAGAGGAUACAGGGCAGCUGAUUGGAAUCUAGCUGAACCCACUUGGACUGGUCGUUUAAGGAUUGUCAGUGUGGGUGAUUCGUGCACUCUUAAACUUGAAGAUCGUAACAGUGGUGAACUAUUUGCUAAAUGCCCCAUUGAACAAUAUCCAGGCGUGGCUCUUGAGUCUGUUUCUGAUUCUUCUAGAUACUUUGUCGUACGCAUCCAAGAUGAAAAUGGUCGUGCAGCAUUUAUUGGUCUUGGAUUUGGUGAUCGUUCUGAUAGUUUUGAUUUAAAUGUUGCCUUACAAGAUCAUUUUAAAAGAAUUAAAGUCUGUGAAGAAAUUGCUAAGGAAAAGAAUGAACCCAAACAAGAAUUAGAUCUAAAAUUCAAAGAAGGCGAAACAAUUAAAAUCAAUAUGAAAAUUACUAAAAAAGAUGGCAGUGAAGGAGUAACUAAUAAGCAGACUAAACCUCGACCGACAAUUUCGGGCAGUGGAGGACUGUUACCACCUCCUCCAGGCUCUUCAGGUGUAAAAACUAUUCCGGCACCACCUUCACAAACUUCAUCUCCAUCACAUCAAUCUACAAAUUCAAAUAAUUGGGGUGAAUUUACUUCUGCAAAUAAUACUCCCCAAUCAGGUGGGAAUUCCAAUCCUAAUUGGGUACAAUUUUAAGCUAACAUAUUAUGCCAGGUAACCAAAUAUUGGAGUCUAUAAUAAUUAUUAUUAUUAUUAUUAUUAUUAUUA